UGAAUGAUUGAUACAGUCUGAUCUGAAGCAGAGCAUCAGCAGCUUCGUCCAUCACGGGGAUCACCAGAUAAGACCUCUUAUCUGGAGCUCUGGGGCCUGUCAGCAGUUAUCAUCUGCUAAUGAGGAGCAAUCGGCGCCAUCAAAUGAUGCCCCGCCCACACUACUGACUCACCAAUUGCUGCCCGCUUAUCUACUGUGUGUGUGGUCGUGUUGCUGGUGUAAAGUGCGUAUGUGUGUGUGCGUGCGUGCGUGGGUGCAUACAUUUGGCACGCGCACGACUACUGCUGCUGAACAUAAAGGUCCUGAGCUAAUCAUCUCCCAGCACCCCCGGCAUAGCGGCAGGCAGCAGCACGGUACAGAGUCUCCUCACUGUCCACCUGACCGCCACAGACAGCGGCCUCUCCUCUGACAACAUGGCCGUCUUCACAGAGUCCAAAAGAAAGAAGAAACUCCUGGCCGUUGUUCUGGCUGUGUCUAUUGUCACCAUUAUCUUAGGCCUUGGUUUGGCUCUGGCACUAAAGAUGGAGAACUCUCAAAAUGAAGUGGAGCACUGCAGGGGGCGCUGCUACCAGCCCUACGACCCCCUGGGGGCCGGCUGCCGGUGCGACGCCGACUGCGCCGCCGCCAACGACUGUUGCUACGACUACCACGAUGUCUGUCUGCUACCCGCCGAGCAGUGGGAGUGCACCCGGCUGAGGUGUGGGGAGACCCGGACGGAGCGGAGCCGCUGCCACUGCUCCGCAGACUGCCUGCAGGCCGGAGACUGCUGCACAAACUACAAACAUGUCUGCCAGGGGGAGACGGCGUGGGUGGAGGACGACUGCCUGAACCUGACGGAGCCUAGCUGCCCCGCAGGCUUCCAGCGGCCCCCCCUGCUGCUGGUGUCUCUGGACGGACUGCGUGCGGACUACCUCCAGACCUGGGAGGGCCUGCUGCCCGUCCUGUCCAAGCUAGGGCGAUGUGGGACCUCAGCUCCAUUCAUGCAGGCAGCGUUUCCCAGCAAGACCUUUCCUAACCACUACACCAUCGCCACGGGCCUGUACCCAGAGUCCAACGGGCUGAUAGACAACGUGAUGUUCGACCCGGUGUUCAACGCGUCCUUCAGUCUGUCCAACGAAGAGAAGGACAACCCAGCCUGGUACCUGGGGCAGCCGAUCUGGCACACGGCGAGGUACCAGGGCCUGCGGUCCGGGACCUUCUUCUGGCCCGGCUCCGACGUCCGGGUCAACGGGAGCUACCCCGACCUGUACCGGCCCUACGACGGGAAAGUGCCGUUUGAGGAGAGAGUUUUCACCGUUCUCAAGUGGCUGCAGCUUCCAGUGGAAGAGAGGCCAGAUUUCUUCACUCUCUAUCUGGAGGAACCAGAUAAAUCUGGGCACAAGUUUGGUACAGUUAGUGGACAGCUGAGUGAGUCUUUGCGGGGAGUGGAUGACGUCAUGGGUCAGCUGAUGAACGGCCUGAAGCAGCUCAACCUCCACCGCUGCCUCAACAUCAUCGUCGUCGCCGACCACGGCAUGGAGGACACCAGCUGCGAGAGGAAGGAGGUUCUCCAGGACCUGGUGGACACCGAGGACCUCUGGGUGACGGACGGACCGGUGGGACGCAUCCGGGCCCGCAGCGCUGGCACCGUCUUGGACGCUGCCGCCCUGGUAGCCAACAUCAGUUGUAGGAAGCCGCAGCAGAAGAUCACUCCGUACCUGAAGCCUCACCUCCCCAAGCGCUUCCACUACGCCAACAGCCGCCGCAUCGAAGACGUCAACGUCCUCGUCACGCCCAAGUGGCUGUUAGAGAGGGUCCGCGGCUCACUGACCUUCUGCUCGGGGGGGGCUCACGGCUACGAUAACGAUGUGGAGAGCAUGCACGCCAUGUUCCUGAGCCAUGGUCCAGCGUUCCAGCAGCAGACAGUUGUCCAGCCCUUCUCGAACGUUGAGCUCUACAACCUCAUGUGUGAUCUGCUGCAGAUCUCCCCGAGCGCGAACAACGGCACCCACGGGAGUCUGAACCACCUGCUGAGGGAGCCCUUCCACCGGCCCUCCCCCCCCGCCGGGCGGAGCCCGCCCUCCCGCUGCCCCCUCCUCACGCUGGAGCCCGGCGACACCCUUGGGUGCUCCUGCCCCGCCAUCAGCGGGAAUGUCAUUCAACUGAACCGUCGUCUCAAUCUGACAACAGCAGAAGUGGGGGCGACCAUGGCGACUCAUGCGUUCCUGGGUCUCCCCGUGGUUCUGCAGCAGGGAGUGUCGUACUGCCUCCUCCAGCAGCAGGGCUUCGUCAGUGGGUACGGCCAGGACAUCUCCAUGCCCCUGUGGAGCUCCUUCAGCCUGGAGGCCCCGGCGGACCUGGACCCGUUGCCGGCGGUAACCGACUCCUGUCUCCGGGCAGAUGUGCGGCUUCCUCCGUCUAAGAGUCCCAGAUGUGACCAUGACCACGUCGCCCCGGGCAACAACAUCAGCUACGCCUUCCUCUAUCCCCCAGGUCUGAACACCACAGCGGAUGAGCAGUUUGAUGGCCUGUUGAUGAGUAACGUGGUGCCCAUGUUCCCCGCCUUCAAAAAGAUCUGGGAUUACUUCCAGGGUACUCUGCUGAAGAAGUACUCCCAGCAGUACGGGGGCAUCAACGUGGUCACCGGACCCGCCUUUGACUACAACUACGACGGGCGCUUUGACUCCCAGGACCAGAUCCAGGAGUUCGUCCCCGGCUCCUCCGUCCCCGUCCCCACGCACUACUUUGCGGUCCUGACCAGCUGCUCCGACACGGCCCAGACGCCGGCCGCCUGCUCCGGGAGCCUGAGCACCGUCUGCUUCCUGCUGCCGCAUCGCCGCGACAACGCCGAGAGCUGCCAGGUAAACUCAGGCUCCUGCUAAACUCAGCCUAAACUCAGACAACUCAGUUCAACCAGGUGAAGGACUGGUUAGUUAUUAGUUAUUCCUCAGCUCAACCAGGUGAAGGACUGGUUAGUUAUUAGUUAUUCCUCAGCUCAACCAGGUGAAGGACUGGUUAGUUAUUAGUUAUUCCUCAGCUCAACCAGGUGAAGGACUGGUUAGUUAUUAGUUAUUCCUCAGCUCAACCAGGUGAAGGACUGGUUAGUUAUUAGUUAUUCCUCAGCUCAACCAGGUGAAGGACUGGUUAGUUAUUAGUUAUUCCUCAGCUCAACCAGGUGAAGGACUGGUUAGUUAUUAGUUAUUCCUCAGCUCAACCAGGUGAAGGACUGGUUAGUUAUUGGUUAUUCCUCAGCUCAACCCGUUGAAGGAAGGUUUAAACUAGUUUGAUUGCAUGCCUUGUGCAUUUCCACAAAACCCUUCAGGAUGAAUAAUGUCGGUUCACAGAGCGCAGAGAGUGAAUCUCAUUGGGUUGAAGACCUCAUGUGGUUCCACCAAUCACGGGUCCGAGAUGUGGAGUGGAUCACUGGAUUGGACUUCUACCAGGGCAGCGGGCGACCAAUCACAGAGCUGCUUC